AUGGCAUCGACCACCCAGUCGCUCGAAGGAGGGGUGGAAAUCGCAAAGAGCCCGGAGUGGCUCGCGCUCAAGUCCUGGGUGUUGUCUAUGAUUGCAGACUACAUAUGGCGGCCGUUUGACGCUAUCGCGGUUGAGCUGGUCCGAACCGAUUAUGAGAUUGCUUGUGUCUUUGAGACAGACCUCCACGAACCGGCCCGGUAUGAAGCGCUCACCGUCCCCAACGAUCUGGCCAGAGUGCUACGACAGCCCCUUGCUGGCAUCCUCAUCACGAUUCGAGAGUAUCGCAGAAAAGCUCGGGAUCUACGCCGCGACGGCCAAGAUUCUGGAAGACGUGCGGUUCCUCACGGAUUCCGUCACAUCGGCAUCAGCGUCGGCGGCCAGCAAAACAAAGAUCCGAUCAACCGCAUCGUGGCUGUACGAGAAGCUGCGGGAACAAGGCACAGCAGCAGCAGCAGCAAGACCCACCCAGUCGCCAUCGUCGCCUCCGAAAAGGAACGGAUCCUUGAGACCGUCAGGAUCGCCGCUCCGAUUUACAGCCGGUCCAUCAAGUCACUGCGUCAGAUUUCGCGUUUUUACGACGCCGAGGUGUCCCAAGACACGUAUCCUGCCCUGCUACACGUGAGCAUGACGAAGUGGAAAAGGAUCCGUGGGAUGCUCUUCUGGGUGAUGCUGGUGGCGACCCCGAACGCGGCGGCCGACGCAAAGGGGCAGUUGGCGAGGAGGAAGAUGGCCGUCAUGGGGCUGCCGACCGGGUUCGAGGUCUUUGCGCUGGGAUGUCGUGCCUCAAGGCCUUUUGGGGCGUGCAGCGGUGGAUCUCCAGGGAGGGAGGCGACGCCGGGGUGCAGAGGCUUGCGCGUUGCUCGUUCGGAGGUUUGGGUUGCGGACUUGCGGCCCGGGACGGCUUACGGGAUAUCCGUAUGA